ACCUAACAAUCUUAAACUACGUGCCAAGUCAAAACGAGAAAAACAAAUUGAAACGGAGGGAGUAAAUCAUUUACUCAUCUACUUUCUUACUCAUUAAAUAGGACAAAUUCCAGCCUUUUUUCUCUGCAAUCUAGCUGAGAUUUUCUUCUUUUCAUUGCACUAAAAUGGCUUCCUUCUUCUCUCUUUCUUUUAUACUCAUUUUCUCUUUGUACAACAUCUUUGCUUCUGCUGCAACUAUUCCAUAUCUUGAUGGUCUACUGGAAAAUGGAGACUUUGAGGAAGGGCCAAAGCCAUCAGAGUUAAAGAAAACAGUGAUCAUUGGCAAAUACUCCUUGCCUGAGUGGGAAAUCAGUGGUAUAGUGGAGUGGGUAUCCGGUGGGCCCCAAGAAGGCGGUUUCUACUUCCCGAUCCCUCGUGGGGCCCACGCGAUCCGACUAGGGAAUGAGGCUUCUAUUUCUCAGUAUGUAGAGGUGAAGCCAAAGACAAUAUAUUCACUCACAUUUGGAGCCACUAGGACUUGUGCUCAAGAUGAGGUCCUAACCGUAUCGGCUGAUGGCAUGUCUAGUGAUCUUCCUAUUCAGACAUUGUACAGUGCUGAUGGUGGUGACACUUAUGCUUGGGCUUUCAAAUCGACGUCUAAUUAUGUUAAGGUCACAUUUCACAACCCUGGUAUGCAAGAAGAUCCAAAAUGUGGACCACUUAUAGAUCACAUCGCUAUCAAGGAAAUGCCUAUGGCAACAUAUCCUAAAGGUAACUUGAUGAAAAAUGGUGGAUUUGAAGCUGGUCCUCAUGUAUUCAAGAACUUCUCGACAGGGGUGCUCGUUCUACCUCUGAAACAAGACAAGUACUCACCAAUUCCGGGAUGGAUGGUUCAGUUUGCAAAACCAGCAAAAUACAUCGACUCGAAGCAUUUCUCAGUGCCUUCAGGAAAUGCAGCUGUCGAAUUGAUAGGAGGAAGGGAAACAGGCAUUUCGCAGACCGUAAAGACAGUCCCCAAACAAUUCUACAACCUGACUUUCACCAUUGGCGAUGCAAACAAUGACUGCCACGGAACAAUGACAGUUCAAGCAUUCGCUGGCAAGGCAAGUACACUAGUUUCAUUUGUAUCAAAGGGAAAGGGAUGGUACAAGACUGCAAGUUUCAAAUUCCAGGCAGAUAAAACUAGGACACUGAUAGCUUUCUACAAUCCAUACUAUCACACGAAGAUAUAUGACUUCGGUCACAUGUGUGGACCGGUCAUCGAUGAUGUUAGUCUCGUUCAUAUCCCUAAAUAAGCAUACGGAAGUGAGAAUACUCGGAAAAGGACCACAUUUUUCUGUUAUCAAGCAGGUGAACACAUGUAUGAAGAAGGGUAGUGAAAUCUACCAUUGUUUUUAUGUUUCUUUUUUAAGUUUUUCGGUUCGAACAAGAAUGAUAUAUCCAAUAAUAGUAGUAAAAUCCCUUUAUUGUUUCUUUCUGUAAGUCACAAAAAAUGCGUAAUCAUGUAUUUUAUUGGUUCCAAAUCCUAUGAAAUGAAAUAGGCUUAAAUGAA